AUGAACCAGAUACCCGAGAUUCUGUAUGGCAAGACCGGACAGAAGACUUGGUGUAUCGUUGGUGCAUCUAGAGGUAUAGGUCUGGAAUUCGUACGACAGUUGAUUGCUCGUGAAGACCGCAUAUUCGCUACCGUCCGCGACGUCGCCGCCGUUCAUGCAUCCGGGCUUUGGGCGCAAGCAGGAGGUGAUCAUGGUCGCUGUCAGAUGCUGAUCUGUGAUGUCCUGUCAGAGCAGAGCAUAAAUAGUUUCGUUGCUCAGCUUGCCGCAGUACCGAAUCUGAAGUUGGAUUAUGUUGUAAUUAAUGCUGGCGUGUUGAGAUACCCGAAUCACCGGACUACCUGCACGAGGCUGACCAUCAAGNNUUCUUUCGACGAGUUUGCCUUCCACCUGCAUACCAACACGAUUGGACCGAUCAUCACGGCUCAGAGACUUCUCCAGACAAUGAUCCCAAUCGGAACUAUUGUCUUCAUGUCCAGUGAUUCUGGUUCAACACAGCGGUUUCUAGAAAUGGAAGACNNGGGUAAGUACCUUGGUCAAGUACUCUGUAUCCUUACUCACCGCUCCUUCAGGUUUGCAGCUUACUCCGCAUCGAAAGCUGCAUUAAAUCAAGCAAUGCGACACAUGGCUGCCGAGCUCAAGCGGAAAGAUGACGAUACCAUCUUGCUAGCAAUUCAUCCAGGAGAGGUUGCCACGUAAGUACAUUUGUUGGGCGAGCGGGAUGAAACAGCUGCUGAUGAAUCACGCCAGNNGGAUAUGGCAAACAUUGAUCUUGGUUGGGAAGUCGACGGUAUCAUGACACCGCAAGAAUCAGUAUCGGCGAUGAUCAAGGUCAUAGAGAGUAAGGGGAUACAGCACAGUGGAACGUUUUGGACGUGGGAGAACAAGCAUUAUCCCUGGUAA